CCUGGAGGAGAUGUAGCGGAAAAGGGCCUGCAGGGGUUUCCAAGUAGGUGUGACCUUCUUGGACCCUGACCGGAAAGAAGUGGCAUCCUACCCAAGUCCCUCUGACAGUCCCUGUUUUUCUUUGCGUGUCCUCAAAUGUCUGAUUACCGUGGACCUGAGCCAUCAGCACGGUCCAGAACUACCCGCUUGGGCGCCCCCACCCGGGGAUGAGUGGGAACGCCUCGCGGGCGGUGGAGACUUAAUUUCCCGGCAGCCCUUGCUGCCUCACAGCCCCGACGUGUUGUUGGCAUUUCCGGUCACAUGCAUUGCUGCCGCUGCUCAAUCUACUUAGGGGGUGAGCGUAGCAGCCGCUCGGUCCAGACUCCAUUUCCCGGUGUCCCUCGCGGUGCAGCGGGGUGUUACGGGGGUUGUAGUCCGGCCGCUCUUCGGGCUGGUCCAGCUACUUCGGCAGGAUGUCGGAGGUGCGGCUGCCACCGCUACGCGCCCUGGACGACUUCGUUCUGGGGUCGGCGCGUCUGGCGGCUCCGGAUCCUUACGACCGGCAGCGAUGGUGCCACCGCGUCAUCAACAACCUCCUCUACUACCAAACCAACUACCUUCUGUGCUUCGGCUUCGCACUCGCUCUGGCCGGGUACGUGCGCCCGCUGCAUACCCUCCUAAGCGCGCUGGUAGUGACGGUGGCCCUUGGCGUGCUGGUGUGGGCGGCAGAGACUCAAGCAGCCGUGCGCCGUUGCCGCCGCAGCCACCCGGCCGCCUGCCUGGCCGCAGUGCUUGCCUUCGGCCUCCUUGUUCUCUGGGCCGCGGGCAGCGCUUGCACCUUCCUGCUAGGCGUCGCCGGACCUGUGCUUCUGAUUCUGGUGCACGCCUCACUGCGCCUGCGGAACCUCAAGAACAAGAUUGAGAACAAGAUUGAGAGUAUUGGUCUCAAGCGGACGCCAAUGGGGCUGCUACUGGAGGCGCUGGGACAAGAGCAGGAGGCUGGAUCGUAGGGGUCUAGGAUUUGUACCCAAGACCUGGAGAAUGCCACCCCCACCCUGGCCCUGUACUGGGACCCAGAGCCCUUUCCAAGCCCUUGAAAUAGAGGGCCCCGUCCAGUUCAGAAAGCAGGACAUCUGUGACCCUCCCCCUGAUCAGCUCCCAUUACCUAGGGGACCAGACUCUUCUUCAGCCCUGAACUUGAGGGCUUGGAUACCCGAGCAUCCAUGGCCAUCCUCAAACCCUGGACCCAGUGAUACUCCCCCACCGCCGGUCUGGGACCCACCCAUCUCCCACCCUCAGCGCCAAAGGUGGGAUCUGGGCCCAAGGCAUUCUCUUGAACCCUGGACUAAGGCUUUUCUAGACCCCCACCCCAGCUUUGAACCCAGAUCAGGGCAUUGCCAAAUCUUGAACCCAGGACCCAAGUGUUCCCAGCCCCCAUCAGGACAGAGGAUUCAGGCAUCCUGACCCUGUCGAACCCUUGGUUCCAGGUGACCCGAACCCUCUCCAGUCCCACUUGCCUCUCUCCAGCUCUGCUUAGUGAUUCUGCUCCUCUCUCCAACAUCCCACAAUGAUGAGGACCAAGGGGUGGGGUGGGGGUAGCCCUGACCUGGAAUGGGGCAUCUGUAUCAGUGUUACAGCAACAAUAAAGACUGUUGCAUCUCUCAAGCCGAUUUGGGCCUCCUGGGUAAAGUCUGCAUU